CAUAGAACCUGGAAAUGAACGGAAUGGCAUGGACUUCAGCAGACAGAUUAAAACAGAAGACCUCAGUGACUCCUUGCCGACAGACAUCCCUUCGAGACUGAGCCAUCUAUCACAAGGGCCACCCAUGAUGCCCGGGGGGCAAAUUACUGGGGAUAUGAGUUCUCUUCACACGCUGCAACAACUUGUACAAGUUCCCGGUCACAUGCAGUCUGUCCCCCUCUUCCUCCUUUCUCAGGGCCCGGGAGGGCAGCAAGCUCUUCAGUCAAACCUCCUCUCCUUUCCUCAGCAACAGAGUGGGAUCCUUCUUCCACAGCAUGGACACAGCUUAGCAUCUCAGGCGGUGGGGCGUCCCGGGCACCCAGGGUCAUCGCUGGAACCCCACCUGGAGGUCCCUCAACAUUUACAAGUUGCCAAACACUUGCCCUCCUCAGUGGUGGCAGAUGAAGCGAACGACCUCGAGGAGCUAGAAAAAUUUGCCAAGACUUUCAAGCAGAGGCGGAUCAAGCUUGGAUUCACCCAGGGUGACGUGGGCCUAGCCAUGGGAAAACUCUAUGGAAAUGACUUCAGCCAGACCACCAUCUCUCGCUUUGAGGCCCUCAAUCUGAGCUUCAAGAACAUGUGUAAGCUAAAGCCUCUGCUGGAGAAGUGGCUAAGCGAUGCAGAAUCUUCCCCUUUGGACUCUGCGGUCAGUGCGCCCAGUUCCUACCCAUCCAUGAAUGAGAUGUUUGGACGCAAGAGAAAGAAGCGCACCAGCAUCGAGACCAACAUCCGCUCCACGUUGGAGAAACGGUUCCAGGAUAACCCCAAGCCCAGCUCGGAGGAGAUCUCCAUGAUCGCUGAACAGCUGUCCAUGGAGAAGGAAGUGGUCCGCGUUUGGUUCUGCAACCGACGCCAGAAAGAGAAGCGCAUCAGCUGCCCGAUGCCCUCGCCCAUGAAAUCCCCCCUCUACAACUCCCGACUGGUUUCUACCUCAGGAUCUUUGGGUCCACUCUCUGUUACGCCUGUCCACAGCACUAUGCACGGUGCAGUGACAUCAUCCUGUUCUCCGGGCAGCUCCAGCCGGCCCUCCUCCCCCAGCUCAGGAAUCCAUGCCAGCAGCCCCGGCAUGUCCCAGAGCAACUCCAAAGCGGCCAUCAGCUCUUCAAGUUUCAACUCUUCUGGCUCGUGGUACCGAUGGAACCAGCCCACCUACCUCCACUGAAGCUCCAUUUCUAAAGGAGAAACCAAAUCUGUCUUCCUCUGCUAUGCCAGAGAAAGGAAGCCUUAAUGUCCUGCAGCAGAUUAACUUCUCGGGAAACAGCAGCUCGACCGAAUGUUUGGCGUGAUGCUGCAGGUGCCUUCCAUGGGUCAGACCCUGACCUCACCUGAUCCGCUCAAA